UCUCAAAGUCUGACGCAUGAUGGACUCCAUCACUGACGCGCUGGAGAAUACUCGCUUGAGUGAUCUGGAGCAAGUGCACCUUAGGCCUCAAGACAGUGGCACAUCAGAAAUAGAUAAUGUCCCUAGCUAUCUCUUCCGCGUCGCCUCCCCCCUCUCCUACGGAGAGACAAAUGAGAGAUGGGUGCUUUCAGAAUCAGUAUACCAGAAUAGGAGCUCUUCCACCGAAGACAUUUUUUCCAACUUGGAUAACGAGAAAAGAACCAGGGUCGCUGAAAUGCUCAACUUGCAUCUUCGGUGGUGGCCACAGAACGGGGACCAACAAGACAACUUUGUUUCAUGGACAAGCUCGCUGCUGUUCGCCAUUCAGUACAUCUACUAUAGACAUCUGAGCCGCAGAGAUGGAUCAGACCUGGCAGAUAUCAAGCUGUACGUCAUUGACACAGCGCGGUUUCCCAGAGGAACAUUCAUUCGCGAUAUGGAUCUGAUUGAUAUCUUCUGCGAGUCUGACGAGAGUCUGAAGGAUUUUCAGUCUCUGCGCCAACGGCCAGACUAUUACUUUGGAGAAUAUCUCUCCCAAGGCGCAUUGGAGAUUAAAAACAAAUGCCAGGUAAUUCCCGCCGAGAUCCUGUUUGAACAGGGUCGUUUGCGCCGCAUCCAGCCUCAAUUCGCAGAGCUUCAGCCGGCUAGAGGAAGAGCAAGGCCAGAAUGGGCGAAAGAGGUCAUUCGUCUUCGUCGAACAAUCUAUCCAAACAACCUACCGGUCCUAUCUUUAGAAGAUAUGCUCGCUCGUUUGGAGGCUAUCGAGGAAAUCAUCCACCAUGUUGCACCUGACUGGAGAUUUCCCAUUGCCAUCUACCUUGCAGCAUUGAUGGGCUCAGAAUCAUUGAUAGAAGGCAAGGAAAUGGUAAACGACAGUACAUUCUUCUCAUAUUUUCGAUCCAAGUCCUUCAAAGAAGAGGGAUUCAACCCUUCCAACUUCAAGGUUAUAGCCCCAGACACAAUGCCUGAGCUGAAACAGGUCAACAAGUUGGUUCAUGAGAUAUCCAAGUAUCUGCAAAUGAGCUAUGCAAUGGAAAAUGGAUAUGCUUUCCUUACGGCUGAUCCACACAAGAUGCUGGCGCGCAAGAGACAGAGAAUUUUAGCAAAGCUUGCCACAGUGAGAAUGCUCUGCAAAGAUGUUGCAUCCGCUAUCUCGAAGGAGACAUAG